AUGCGCUGCCAUUCAGCAAUCCACUUUGUCCUCUGUAUAUCACCGGCCCUGGGAAGUCCAGUACCAGUAUAUCCAAUAUCAGACCACGUCAACCUCCCAGCCAUUUUCACCAAGCUAUUCGACACCACAAAUCAACUCUACCGCGACCAAAACAUAACCAAAGACCUAUCCGAACUCAAAUUCCGAAUAUAUGACAUCGCCCUAGGCAGAACAACACCAGUCCCAAGCAUAGACGAAGCACUAACAACCUUCUCAACCCUCCAAACCAACUUAAACCCACUCCAACGAGCCCUAACUCUAGCACGCAACAACCUAAUCCCAACAAACAUCCUCGACAUCCUCUGGGGAAUAACAAACAAACAAAUAAACUCAAUAACGAACACAAACCCCAAAGCCCCAAAUCCCCCAAUCUACCCAACAAACCACCCAACCGACGCCCCAUACUCAAUCCCAGAAACAAACCUACGCUCCGCAAUCCACAUCCCAGAAACAUUCACCUACGGCAAAACAAACAAAAUCCCAAUCCUCUUAAUACCAGGAACAGCAGAUCCAGCAGGGAGCACCUACUACUUCAGCUACACGAAGCUAUUCACAGAAUACGCAUUCACAGAUCCAGUCUGGGUGAAUAUACCCGGCGAUUCCCUAGACGACAUCCAAACAAACGCAGAGUACGUAGCAUAUGCGAUCAACUACCUAUCCUCAAUAUGCAACCGCACCAUCGGCGUGCUAUCCUGGUCUCAGGGUGGAAUCGACGUGCAAUGGGCAUUGAAGUACUGGCCAUCGACACGGGCCGCAGUUAGUGAUUUCAUGGCUGUCAGUGCUGAUUUUCACGGGACUGUCAUGGAUAUCCUGUGUGAUUACCCGUCUCCGUUUUGCACGCCUGCGAUUUCGCAGCAGGGGUAUGAGACCAUGUUUGUGAAGGCUUUGAGAGGAGGAGGUGGUGAUUCGGCGUAUGUGCCUACGACGAGUGUGUAUUCAGGUUAUGAUGCCAUUGUUCAGGUUGCUUGUCGGGGGAUGGUUGGGGGAGGGUAUUAUUCGCAUUCUUCUGUGCUUGUUCAUCCGUUGGCGUUUGCGCUCUUUGUUGAUGCUUUGGAGCAUGAGGGCCCUGGGCGGUUGGAGAGGAUUGACCUUGGGGUUGUUUGUGGGAUGUCUCUUGCGCCUGGGCUUCGGUUGGAUGAGUUUUUGGGAACGGAGGUUAUUGGGGAUGUUGUUGGACCGCUUAAUACUUUGUUGUUUCGGCAUGGUCCGAAUGUUGAGCCGCCGCUUAGGGGGUAUGUUUAUUGA